AAAAAUUAUGAUUAUAUAAUGAUUGUAUCUAAUACUGAUAACUAAUGAAUUAAAGAUUAGAUUGGAAAAAGAAUCUGAUUGCUUGUUACAUUUCUUGAUAAUUUUCAUAAUAAAUGUGAUGUCAUGAGUAUCGCCAUCUUUAUCGUAUGUCAUGUACAGUUGUAAAGUGUAUUCGUCAUCGAAGUAAAGUUGGGGAUAUCUGUCAUUAUUUUUAAACAAUUUGCAUCCCCAUUAAAUUUUUCAUAAAUUCUUCAUUUUAGAAAAUAUGGAUGGCAGUGGUAAUUCUAGAGAUGAUAUGGGUGGUCCAAGAAACUCACAGCCAGCAUCUACAAAAAAGCUGCAGCAAACACAAGCAACCGUUGAUGAAGUUGUGGGAAUAAUGAAAGUAAAUGUAGAAAAAGUAUUGGAAAGAGAUCAAAAGUUGUCAGAAUUGGAAAAUCGUGCUGAUGCUCUGCAACAGGGAGCUACUCAAUUUGAACAACAAGCAGGCAAAUUGAAAAGGAAAUUUUGGUGGAAGAAUCUUAAAAUGAUGAUCAUCAUCGGUAUUAUCUGCGUAAUUAUUUUAAUCAUCAUUAUUGCUUCAAUUGUGUCAGGCUCGUCGGAUUCUGACAAUUCCUCUAACUGAUAGCAUUAUACCAAAUGGAAUAUAAAUGCUCUGGAUUUGUUAUUUUGUGUCCUAAAAAGUUAACCUCACCAGAGUAAAAAAAAUGGGCGCACAAAGUUAGAUAUAAUGUGAUCGUUAAAAAUCAAGAUCCGUAUGGACUUGUUUGAACGAAUUACGAUGAAGUAAUAUAUAUAUAUAAUAAAAAAAAAAGAAAGAUAAGAAAAAAAUAUA